AUGUCGAAGCCAGUAACGGAGUACCAGACACGCGUCUACACGCUGCUACAGCAGAUUCCUCAGGGCAGAAUCACCUCGUACGCGGCGCUAGCUCGGGCGUUGAAGUCGUCGCCGCGCGCAGUUGGCGGCGCGCUGCGCAACAACCCCUUCGCGCCCGAGGUGCCUUGCCAUCGCUGCAUUGCGAGCACCGGAUUUAUCGGCGGAUUCAAUGGCGACUGGACCAAAGUGCCGAGCGGCCUAAACUGCGAGAAGAAGCUGAAGCUUCUGUCGGAGGAGGGAGUGGCAUUUGAUACAAAGGGCAUGCUGCUGGACAAAUCGUGUUGGUGGGACGAGUUUAGGGUGUAG